GCAAGUUGGGAAAGCAUAUCAGAAAAAUGAGUGAAAACGGGCAUGAUGGUUCUGGAGGAAAACAUUCACUUCCAUCUGACGAGAAGUGGACCAAACGUAAACUCCAGAAUGCGGCCACGAAAGCAACAGCGUUCAGUGGACCAGCCAGGUUAGAUGAUGAUAUGAAGUACGACGAUUUGCGCAAUUUGGAAACGAUUUUCAACGAUUCUAGUGGAGAGACAGGGCUAGACAUGGAGCAGUUUCGAGUUGCAAUGAAAAAGACAAUGGGAUAUCACAUCAAUGAUACAGAACUGGAUAUGAUUUUUAUGAAAGUUGACACAAAUUGUGAUGGAACAGUUGAUUGGGACGAAUAUCUUUCGUACAUGUUACUGGAAUAUCAAGAAAAGGAGAACAUGGUUAUGUUCAACAGCGAUCUUCCUUUCCCACAACCGAUGCGGAGUAAGUCUAGCAACCAUCUAGAAUCUAUAUGUAGAAUUGAGCUGCUUCAGUCGUACACUAUUCGGAACAAUGGUAAGGUAGAGCUAGAAGAUUCAUCAAGUCGCUAUAUAACACUUUCAAAAGAAGGUGUUUUAAAUCUCUGGAACCUUGAGUGGAAUUUGCAGAAAAGCACACUCCUGGACGGCAUGAGACACAAUCCCAGGGCAGUUUGGUUCACGGAUUUAGUAUGCAUGCCGAAUUGCAAUACCAUUGCGGUUGCUUCAACCGAUUACGAAAUAUCGUUUUACUCUAUGACAACAAAUAUGUUCCAGAAAAAAUUCCAGAUUAAAGAUAUGGAUUGCUGUGCACUGGCGCUUAGUUAUCAUUUCGAUUAUUCCAAUGUUCGCAGGAGUAUUUUGCUGUGGGGCGACUCAAGUGGAAGUGUAUAUGUGUUGAGAUUUUACGACAACCCCAGUCUUGCACUAUUUUCUUCUACCUCUCCAAGUUGUCUCGACAAUAAAAUAUCACUUUCAAGCCUUGUAAAAGGCCACAUCCAUAAUUUGCGAGUAGGAAGAUUUCUGAAUGUUCACCCUGAUUGGAUUAGUGAACUACAUUACUAUGUUAAUGCGAAGAGGCAGGAGUUUUUGGUGACAUGCUGCAGGUCGCAACGAAACUCCAUGGUAUUUGCAGAAAUUACAGAAAAACUUACUGGAAAUGCAUUGAAAAAGGUAGAAAUGCACAGAAAAUCAUACUUCAGCGUCCACAAUGGAGUAUCGUGUGUUGCAUACGAUCCGGAAUGGAAUGUCAUAGUAUCAGGCAGCAGUGACUUCAACGUUCGGGUUUGGAAUCCGUACGUCACGAAUUCGUCAACUAUGAUUUUGAAAGGUCAUGUAAUGCCGGUGCAAAAAGUUUAUAUCAGAAUGUCAGAUCAUAACAUUAUUAGCGUGAGUAAAGAUAAAAAUAUAAGGAUAUGGGAUUCACAAGAUUAUGCGUGCAAGCAAUCGAUCCAUGGUCAUCGUGUAAACUUGGGCCGAUUGGACGUUACUGCCCUUCUUUACAAUGAAAGAAGAAUGGAAUUGAUUCUUGGUACUAAUGCAAUUGGAGUUUUUACUGCAAGCUCUUCUUCCUCUAAUACCAUAAAAAAACAUGGAGACCCCACCAGUCACACGAAACCUAUUACAAAAGUUCUGUAUAAUGCGUUAUUCAAACAACUUGUUACAGGGAGUGAAGACUCAAUGGUUUCUAUUUGGGAUUUAAAGACCGGAACAAAAACCAUGCAAUUUUGUACAGACUUUGGAGUUGAGAUCACUGCUAUGGCAUUCGAUCCGACAAAACGACGGUUGAUCACUGGAUCUCGCAACGGAUCUAUAAGUUUGUGGAAUUUUAAUAACGGUGCCCGACUGCGAACUCUAAGAGCAUCCGACACUUUAGAAGUGUCUUCUGUUUUGCAUGCGAAAAACCGCAUAAUAUCAUCUGGCUGGAAUAAGAAUGUCACAGUUCAUUAUGAUUCAUAUACAGAUGAAAGUUUUAGGCGAAUGAGAAUGAAACACAAAGAUGAUGUUUUAAGCAUGGAUUAUCAUCGACAGGAAAAUAUUUUGGGAACUUCGUCUUAUGAUGGUGAGAUUUACAUUUGGUCUUUGGAUGUAGAAUGUGUUCUAUUGAAGUUUAAUAUGCAUGUUAGCAUAUUACCGAUUCAGGAAAUAAAACACGGAAUAGGUUCGAAUGCUAAACUGACUCUUCCAGGGAGAGUUUCGUCCUCUACUGAGAACGCUGCACAAAACAAUUUCGUUCAUUUACCUGUUCACUUACCGUGGGUUGUAGCUGCAAAACAAGAGAGACGUGAAGACGAAACAGAACUCAGAAAUAGCGAAGAUAGUAAAGAUUAUGGUUCUCUAAGAAAGUAUCCCUCUGAUAAGGCUGUAAAUAAAAUUAUUUUUCUUCAAACUCGCCAGAGCACAAAUAAUGUUGCAGUUCUGUUUGCAGCCACCACAUGUUAUGUUGUGGCUUGGUCAGUUCACCAGCGCGGAGGAAUUCUUGGUUAUUUUAAUGCUGUUAAACACAGUGGAGAAAUGAUUUUGGAAAUGGAGACUGAUGAGGAGAAUAAGAUUUUAGUUACAGGAGACAGUCGCGGAUAUAUUCGAGUGUGGAAAAUUGAUUAUUACUGCAAUGGCCAGGACGUUGUAGAAAGACGUAAACGCAUGAAAGUCGGAGGCUUUACAAAUUUAUUCGAAGGCGUGGACAGCAAACAGGCAGAAGCAUACAGAGAACAGCAUUCAUACGUUCCAGCAGAUUUUCUACCAAAAUUGCAAACGUCCUUCAGAGGUCACUGUAAAGCCAUCAUGUCAAUAGCAUUUAUCACCGACGCAAAUCUGAUAGCAUCAGGAGCGGCAGAUUGCUGUGUGCGUCUGUGGACAUUAUCUGGUCGGUACAUUGGAACCUUCGGACAGAAGAACAACUGGCAUCUUGAAUUUCCUAUAAAAGACUCAAAACUUCCUGUCGCGAUGCCAAAUGACGUCAGAAGGAUUGCUUCGCCGACCACAUUGUACACAGUCAAAGGUGGUUACCAUGUCCAGUGGAAACAGGUCAGACAUGCUGUUGGGUUUGUUGGGAAAACGGCAGGUAUUUUCAACAAAUUAAAAAGUAAAAAUGAACCACCACCGGAAGAAGAUGAAAUCAAGCGAAGGUUUUCAUCUCUGAGUGAAGACUUGGUGAAAGCUGCAAAACCAGGUAAAAGACUGAGUCGACAAGAAAGGCGAGACAGUAUAACAUUUUGGAUGGAGGAUAGACCAUUUUCUAUUACAAAUACUUUCAAGAAAAUUGACGAAGUCGGAUGUAUGUAUGAUAGAAUCGAAAAGGAAGGAAUAACAAGUAAAGUACUCGGCCGAAUAAAUUAUAAACCGAAACAAAGACAUAAACAAUCAGAUAUAAACGCAAAUAUUAAAUGGAUUGACAAAUCUGCGAUUGUUUACAGUACAUUGCCUUGCUCAGAGUUAGAUGAACCUAUCCAGGUGACGAUUCCCGAUUAUUUUCAGAAAAAGAUAGGAAUGUCAAAAGAAGUUGGUGCACUUUCACGAGUUGCUAAUAAGUUGAUUGAGCGCAGGAGAGUUAUUCAUACUUUCACUGGCAAGACUCCAUCAACAGGUACUCUGUCAAAACCACCCAAGCAUUCUGCACUAGAUCUGGAAGAUCAACAUGAGAACGAGGAUACAGCUUCAAAUUCAAGAGCUAGCUCCGGAUCAUCGCAAAAAACAAAACGUGUUAAUUUUUCUGAAGAUUUUUGAAUGCUUUUGCGUUUUUAAAAACCACUUGAGUAUAUUUUUUAUUCAGUAUUAUAACUGCUCUGAGCUUAGUUGGUGUUACUGUUCCAAAUGUUUUGUUUAAUUUUUUUUUCUAUAUUUGUUUUGCAUUUUAUUCGUAAAGUUUAAAUAUAUAUUAUAUUUUCUAAUAUAACAUGAAACAUUCUAUUUCGCAUCGAUAUUAUAUAAUAUAUAUACGAACUUUGUAAUGUAACGAAAUGAGGUAGUACAUGACGAGUGGGUACAAACU